GCUCGUCUUCACGCCCCAGGGUCGGUGCCGGCCCUGCGCAAGCCGAGGGCCUCAGCGCGGCCCGGGCCGCAGGGGGGAUUCUCGCACCGCUCGGGCGGCUACGAGACGGAAUAACUGCAGCGUCUCUGAGUCCCGAGUGUGAAUCUCUGGGAAAGGCGGAAUCUGCGUGGGGGGCUUCCAGAGAUAUCCGACACUCGAUAGAGGUCUUUAGAGAGCCAGCCACCUGGUCUCCUGAUCAUAUUCCUAAAGGAGCAGUGUGAGGAAGACAGAAGUACCCCCUGGACUAGCAAAGCCUCCUGCCCAGCCCUGCUGCCAACAUGCCCAAGAGAAAGGCAAAAGGAGAUGCUAAAGGUGAAAAAACAAAGAUGAAGGAUGAGCCACAGAGGAGAUCAGCAAGAUUGUCUGCUAAACCUGCCCCUCCAAAACCAGAGCCCAGACCAAAAAAAGUCCCUGCAAAGAAGGGAGAGAAGCUGCCCAAAGGGAGAAAGGGAAAAGCGGAUGCUGGCAAGGAUGGGAACAACCCUGCAAAAAACCGAGAUGCCUCUACAGUCCAGUCCCAGAAAGCAGAAGGCACUGGGGAUGCCAAGUGAAAUGUACAUUUUUGAUAGCUCUGUACUUCUAGUGACUCUAUUGUUUGAAAUACUAUUUUGUUAAAUCAAGUUUUAUAAAAAUGUAGAAUUUUGGUUCUUUUUAUAAGUUAUGUUGUUAGCACACAGGAUACUUCAUUAUUGUCUUUUGUGGAAAGGGCAAAUAUCACUAAUAGACUGUGUCUUAGAAA